AUGGUACGUGUACCCUUGGAUCCCGAGUUCGUGGAGUACCGCUCAGCUUUGUGCAUAACUUUGGUAAACACUUCAAGGACAACUUUUUUCACAAAAUCUCCUGAGCUUGUGAAUCAUGGUUUAAGUCAUAAGUUUCCUCAUGGUGUGGAUUUGAUUUACAAAAAACAACCUCUUAUUAGAGGACGAGGUGUUUCGUAUUGUAAGAAUCUUCUCUCUCCCCGAUUCGAACAUUCUGAAGCGCAUGAAGAUGAGUCGGAUGAAAAUCUUAACAAAACAUACUAUGUUUUCCUCCCCCCGGAGCUGUGUUUUGUACAUCCACUUCCUGGGUCACUUGUACGAGGAGCCCAAAGGUUGCCUUCAAUUAUGAGGAGAGUUGAAAGUAUGCUUCUUGCAGUUCAGCUGAGGGAUAGUAUUAACUAUCCAAUUGCUGGUUCCAAGAUCUUGGAAGCAUUGACUGCUGCGUCAUGUCAGGAGACAUUCUGUUACGAAAGAGCUGAGUUACUUGGAGAUGCUUACUUGAAAUGGAUUGUAAGCAGAUUUCUAUUCCUAAAAUAUCCACAAAAACACGAGGGCCAGCUUACAAGAAUGAGGCAACAGAUGGUUAGCAACAUGGUACUUUAUCAGUGUGCUCUGAAUAGAGGUCUUCAGUCAUUUAUCCAAGCUGAUCGAUUUGCUCCAUCUAGAUGGUCUGCCCCUGGCGUUCUUCCUGUAUUUGAUGAGGAUACGAAGGACACCGAGUCUACCUUAUUUGAACCCGAGAGCAACUCUUCUGAUCCACAUAAGGUUGCCCUAGAUAACAACGGAUAUGAGGAUGAUGAUAUGGAAGAUGGUGAGGUUGAGGUUGAGAGUGACUCUAGCUGUUACAGGGUCCUCUCUAGCAAAACACUGGCAGAUGUUGUCGAAUCCCUGAUUGGGGUAUAUUAUGUUGAAGGUGGGAAGAAUGCUGCACACCAUCUUAUGAGUUGGAUCGAGAUAGAGGUGGAAUUUGACCCUGAGGAGGUGGAUGCUGUUAAAAAGCCGUGUAGUGUUCCAGAUAGUGUUCUGAAAAGUGUCAACUUUGAUGCUUUAGAAAGUUCAUUGAAUAUUAAGUUCCACGAUAAGAGCCUGUUAUUGGAAGCCAUUACUCAUGCUUCACGGCCUUCAGCUGGGGUUUCUUGUUAUCAACGUCUGGAAUUUGUUGGUGAUGCUGUCUUGGAUCAUCUAAUUACAAGGCACUUGUUUUUUAUGUACACCGAUCUACCCCCAGGGCGUUUGACAGACUUAAGAGCUGCUGCUGUAAACAAUGAGAAUUUUGCACGCGUUGUUGUUAAGCACAAGCUUCAUUUGCACCUCCGACAUGGGUCAAGUGCCCUUGAAGCUCAGAUUCGGGACUUUCUGAGAGAUGUUAAAGAUGAAUUGUUGAAGCCAGGGUUCAACUCCUUCGGUGUAGGAGAUUGCAAAGCUCCCAAAGUUCUCGGAGACAUCUUUGAAUCCAUAGCUGGUGCUAUUUUUCUAGACAGUGGACGAGAUACCUCUGUUGUGUGGAAGGUGUUCCAACCUUUGAUGCAUCCAAUGGUGACCCCAGAAACACUUCCAAUGCAUCCGGUUAGGGAACUCCAAGAGCGUUGCCAACAACAAGCUGAAGGCCUUGAAUAUAAAGCUACUCGGAGUGGAAAUUUGGCUACUGUUGAGGUGUAUAUCGAUGGUGUACAGAUUGGGAUUGCUCAAAACCCACAAAAGAAAAUGGCUCAAAAAUUAGCUGCAAGGAAUGCACUUGUUGUUCUAAAAGAAAAGCAAGAGAUUGAAGAAAAGGAGAAGGGUGAGAAUGGGAAGAAGAAGAAUGGCAAUCCAGCAUUUACUAGACAGACUCUUAAUGAUAUAUGCUUACGGAGGCAAUGGCCAAUGCCUCAAUACCGGUGUGUUGAUGAGGGUGGCCCUGCACACGCGAAGAAAUUCACAUACUCCGUACGUGUGAAUACUACUGAUAAGGGAUGGACAGAUGAUUGCAUUGGGGAGCCAAUGCCAAGUGUGAAAAAGGCCAAGGACUCUGCUGCGAUUCUUCUCUUGGAGCUUUUAAACAAGUUGUAUCCAAAUCCAUGAACAAUUUCAACAGGUGCUAUUAGGAUUUAUGCAUCGACAAUUCAUUGGUGUAACUGGCCAAAAUCUAGAAGUUGUCAUACUUCUUUUUAGAAGUAUAUUAUAUGUAGUGAUAAAACUGCUCUUAACC